GCAUUGCUGUGCUGUAGCUUUUAGACUUGAACCUCCUCCAGUCAGUGACUGUCAUCAUGGACGAAAAGCAGACGACUGUAGCCGAGUGAAGAGGACCAGAACGCUGCAUCCCCAUCUUUGUUUUGCCUGCUGUUAUUAUUAUUUGCAAUCGGUGAUCAAUCAGCACUGAAGAAACCCGAGCGGUGACUGCGGCCGAGAUGAAGCAUUUUCUGAGAGUGGUGACCCAGUUCUUCGUGUUCCUCUACUGUAAAUGUCUGUGGCGGGGCCUCAAGUUUGUCGCCAGGAAGUUUACGGGGCGCUGCGAGCUGCAGCGAAUCUGCUACAACAACAACCAUGGAGCUCGCAGGACACUCAAGAUCGAGUCGUCCCUGAGGUACUCCAAGAAUGAGCUGCUGCAGUCUGCCCUCAGCGUCCAUCCUGACAAAGUGGAGAAAACCAUUGACGACAUCAUGGCGCUGAAGAAGAUCAACCCUGACACCAACCCACAGUUAGGCAUCUCUCUCCAGGCCACCCUGCUGCAAAUUGUGGGCUACAGGAGUCUGGUGGCGGAGGUGGAGAAGCUGCGCAGGGAGCCUUAUGACUGUGAGAACCCCGAGCACGAGGACAUGCUGAUGAAGCUGUGGAAGGCGCUGCGUCCGGACGCCCCUCUCACCGCUCGCAUCUCUAAACAGUGGUGUGAAAUUGGAUUCCAAGGCAGCGACCCCAAGACUGAUUUCAGAGGCAUGGGCCUGCUGGGCCUGCACAACCUGCUGUAUUUCGCAGAACAUGAUAAAACCACUGCUCUGCAGAUGCUCCACGACUCCCUGCAACCAAAGCACAAUGAGAUAAACAAGCCUGAAUGGGAACAGAAGAACAUCGACAAAGCUAUCGGAUACUCUUUUGCCAUUGUGGGCAUCAACAUCACAGACCUGGCCUACUCUCUGAUGGUGAGCGGAGCUCUGAAGACCCACCUGUACAAUGUGGCCCCAGAGAUGCCGAGCCUGCAGCACUUCCAGCAGACCUUCUGUUACCUGAUGCAGGAAUUUCACCGUUUCUGGAUCGAGGAGGAUCCCAGCGACAUUAUGGAGUUCAACCGGGUUCGCUCCAAGUUCCACCGGAGGAUCCUGCGACAGCUGAAGAACCCGGACAUGGCUCUGUGCCCCCACUUCUCCGCCUCCAACCUCCACCUGGUCAACCUCUAAACUCUCUCCCCUCUCCCCCCACCGCCCUCACUGAACCCUUCAUUCCCCCACGAGGUCUCUCCUGGAUGUCCGGUAGGCCAACCAAAAAAAAAAUUAAAUCUGAAAACCCUUUACCCUCUCAUAGAUGGUUCCUUAAACAGCUGGACACAUCUGGGGAGACUCUUCCCUCUCUGCUCAGCCCACCUCGUCCCAGCUAACGUCAUGUCGCAUCACUGCCAAAAGCUCACUUAGCCGCUGCGCGCGCGCACGCACACACACACACAUGCACACACACACACAUGCACACACACACACACACACACACACACACACACACACACACACACACAUAUGUACACCCACACACUGCCUCUAUGCCCUCACUGCAGCGUUACACCACCAGCAUCAGAGAUGACCAUAGCGAUUGUAGCUGUGCAUGAGGAGGCUGCACCCCACAACUCAUCAUUAUUGCUUUAAUUAGUCAUAACGAUUGUAUCACAGCCAUUACACCUCAGUUAUGGACCCUGUGCUUAUUCUCAUAACAAACCAAAUUUACUUUCUCAGCCAAAAAAAAUAAACAAAUCCCUGUUAGAGAUUGCAACGUUGUGCUCAUCAGUUCAGAAUAUUUUGGCAAAUUCAGACACACAGUCAAAUGUGUGGAAUACAAAUAUUUUGUAUUCAAAAUGAAGAGCUAUAGAUAUAUAAUGUAAGUUUGAAUGCAGCAGAAAAGAAAUGUUGCUGGCACUGAUUCAAUCAAAAGCUAUUUAACAAUAUAGGGCCAGUUCAUCUCUUAGCUUUGUCUGUAUUAGCUGAUCGAUAUAUAGAUUGUACUGUACUUUUCAUGUCAAUGUGACAUCAACACCGAAGACUUCUCCUUGCCAAAAUAUCGAAUGUGGAGAACUUACAAUCACAGCAGCAGUUUGUUUCUUGUGAGCUUAAAUGUACGUUUUGUAAACCUGUAAACCUGCAAUGUUUAUGAAUAUUUGAAAACUUGUUCCGUUGAGUCACAAACAUUAACUCAGCGGAAUUAGGCAGCACAGUUCCCAGUUUGGAUGAAAAAAGAGCUUCUUCUCUUCUUCGAUUCAUAACUGUUUUUAUUAACAUCCAGACAAAUAAUCUGAAAAUAUUCUCGAACAUUUUUGUUUUUACAGGUUUGCAGAAUGUCCUUGCCUUUGCUUUGACCCCAUGCAGAGUUUCUGUUUUGAAUGUUCCUCACAUGCUCACAUUCACGAUUGUUUAACUCUAUUUAAAUUCAUUGAAUGUGACACUGUGUCCACUGUUGUAUCAGCCAAAGCAAUAAUUCACAUUCAUUUCACUGCACAUUUAUUUUAAACGUGUAUUGAUUUGCACCAUUCGUGCCUAAGUAUUUGUUUUAUUUUCUAACUCAGAGCUGGAUUUCUAAUCACUCCACAGCUGCUGCAUGUAGCGUUUAAUAGAAGUAAAUUAUUACAAUAUUUAUUUUAAGAUAUCAGUGUAAUUAGUGGAAACAAAUGUCCCUGGACAAUAGCUGCACUGCAUUUACAAUGUUCAAAUUUAGGGGAAAAUCUGGAAGUGCAAACUCGUUUGUUCUUUUCUGUAAAGUCCAAGACAUGUAGGACUGACAGGAAGCAGGAAGGGGUUGAUGGAGGAUCAUAAUGUUCUUUAGUGUGAAUGUGGUCUUACUUUUUCUCCACCAUGAUCUUUUGUAUCUCACAGUAAAGUAUUAACUCAGCUCAAGAUGUAUUAAUAUACGAAACAAUGAUACACACAGAAGCUUUAACAAGCAUCUGCAGCAACCAGAGAAAUAAGACAUUAAAUGUAGAGCUGCUCAAUAGAGAAUGUAUUAGGUGAGUCAUACAAUAGAGAGCUGACAGUGAAAACACUAAAAUACUAAAGAUGGAGACGUUGAUCGGCCAGUCAACACAGAAAAAAAAGAUGUUUUAGUAACGUGGAAUUCUUAGAUUCACUGUCAGCUUCCUACUGUGGACUGCAAGCAUAUUUUUCAAUAAUUUUAGUUUUUGUUACACCAAGAAAGCUCCUCCUAGAUUAGAAAUAUCUUUUUUUAGGAGUGUCCUGAUCCACAUCAG